AUGCUUCCAACACCAGACACAUCCCAUGUGCCCUUUGAGCGUGUCUACGAACCGGCAGAGGACUCAUAUCUCCUCCUCGACACCAUCUCUGCGCCCUCGGAAACAGCCUUCCUCACCUCCCGCUUUGGCGGGAACAGCACCGCCGCGCCCCUCGUGGUCGAAGUCGGCACCGGCUCGGGCGUGGUCAUAGGCUUCGUCGCCGCCCAGGCCGAGAGACUGUUCGGCACCCGCAACGUCCUGACGGCGGGCGUGGACCUGAACGGCUUUGCAUGUCGCGCGACAAACGGCACCGUCGAGCGCGCGCGCAAGGAGAACGAGGAGACGGGCUGCCACACUUGGCUCGGUGCCAUGAUGGGCGAUUUGGCAUCCCCGCUGCGCGACGGCGUCGUCGACGUCCUCGUCUUCAACCCGCCGUAUGUGCCUUCCUCGGAGCUGCCCGACCAGUCGUCGGACACGUUGAGGAUUGGCGAGAGGAAAACGACCUUUGACGAGGACUCGUAUUUCCUCUCGUUAUCUUACGCGGGCGGCAAGGACGGCAUGGAAACGACGGAUAGGCUACUCGAGGCCUUGCCUUCGGUGCUUUCUGCUCGAGGAUGCGCCUACAUUCUCUUAUGCGCGCAGAACAAGCCGCAACAGGUCAAGGACCGCAUCGAGGGAUUGGGAAACGGUUGGAGAGCUGUCACGGUCGGCGAGAGCGGGAAGCAAGCCGGAUGGGAAAAAUUGCAGAUCAUUAGGGUAUGGAGAGCUGAUGAGUAG